AUGAAGAGGGUUAACCCAUCUCGUCAACUCGGUCGUCUGCUCGUAAUAGCUGUCGUGUCACAGGCAGUUGUCAGUUUUCCUAAACAAGUUGAUUGUGGGAAUGAUCUUCCCUGUCGUUGUUUAGAAGAAACAUUCUCAUGGGGAUCGGAUGUAGAUGUCAAACAAAAUAGUAGCUUUGUUUCAUUGGAUGACUACAGCUUAGACGCCAACUAUAGUUACGAGUGGAGUUCUACUGUCUAUACUGAAUCAACAUUGACCGUUGAUUGCAGAAGCUCAAAUUUAAAAAGAAUUCCCUACACCAUACCUUACAAUGUAACCAAAUUAUGGGUAUCUCAUAACAGCAUUGUGUAUGUAGCGAGGGUCUCACUUGCACAUUGUCGUGAAAUAGUGCAACUGGACGCGAGUUAUAACGCCAUCUCUCAUAUUGAUAGAGAUGCUUUUAUUAAUAUGGAGAAUAUUAAUACUAUAUAUUUGAGUAAUAACCAACUCACUGACCUGCCACGAGAACUCUUCAAUCACACAAUACACUUAACUUUCCUUGAUGUGAGCCACAAUCAAUUGAAGCGUUUACCGGUUAUUAACAGCAACAUACCUGCCUUGUAUAUAUUAUUAUCCUUCAACCAGAUAAGCCAGAUGGAAUUAAUCAAUCAACAAAAUUAUAAAACGUUUACGUUUAUUGGUUUAGAUAUAUCAAACAACAAAUUGAGAAGCAUACCAGAUAACGUGGUCCGGCGUCUGAAUGAAGUAUUUGCUGAACGCUAUGGAGAAAUUAUUCUUGAUGGCAAUCCAUGGGUAUGUGACUGUGAAAUGGUAUCAGUGAAACGAGCAUGGCCGCACCAUCCUCACUAUAUUCGAGACACUAUCUACUGUAACACGCCAGACAAUUUGAAAGGAAAGAAUAUGUGGAACAUUCCAGAAUCACAACUG